AAAUAGGUUUUUUUUUUAAAAAAAUUACGAUAUUUAGGAAACUUGGGUAAAUAGCUGCGGGUUAAAAGGCACUUCCUCCUCGCGCUGUUCUUCUGCGAUGCGAUGAAAUUAUCACUGAGAAACAUCAUCGCCAGGCACAACCCUAUUGCGCUUCUCGACUCCUCCUCUACCUCCGCCUCCGCCUGCAAUCCCACCACCACCCUCGGCCAGGUCCUCCAAAUCCAUGGCCAGCUUCUCGUCCAUGGUCGCCUCCACGACCCCGACGUCUUCGAUCAGUUCGUCGCCGCCGUCGCCUUAGCCGCCGGCAUCGCUUCCCCGUUCCUCCUUCAGUACUCCCAUCGGCUUCUAGAUCACUCUCCGCACUCCGACAGCGUCUUCCUCCUCAACUCUCUGAUCCGCGCGCACAUCCGUGGCCCCGACCCCGGCCACGCCUUCCACUUCUACCGCCGCCUCCUCGGCUCCCUCUCCCCGGACCGCUUCACCUUCACCUUCCUCGUCAGCGCCUGCGUUAAGGCUGCUGCCUCCCCGUUCUCCGCGGCUUCCGUGCACGCCGCCGCCAUUCGCCGCGGCUUCGCCUCCGACCCGCACGUACACAGCGCCCUCAUCCGAAUGUACGCCGAGUUCGGCGACCUUGAAGCCGCCCUGCGCGUCUACUCCGAAGUACGCGACGCUGACACCGUCGCUCGCACCGCCAUGCUGGGGGCCCUCGCUGCCGCCGGUGAAAUUGACCACGCCCGAGAACUGUUCGACGAUAUGCCAAGCCGAGAUCCCAUCGCGUGGAACGCCAUGAUCGCUGGGUAUUCGCAGGUUGGCCGAUCGAGAGAGGCGCUGCAACUGUUCUCAUCUAUGCAAUUGGAAGGCAUGAGAGUGAGCGAGGCGACAUUGGUGUCGGUCCUCACUGCGUGCGGCCAUCUGGGCGCCCUGGAUCAGGGCAAGUGGGCGCACUCCUACUUGCAAAGAAACAGGCUCCGUAUCACAGUGACGCUGGGUACGGCCCUCGUGGACAUGUACUCCAAGUGCGGCGACACGGAGUGGGCUAUGGAGGUCUUCUGGAGGAUGCAGGAGAAGAACGUCUACACCUGGAGCAGUGCGAUGAGCGGGCUGGCAAUGAAUGGUGCCGGCAAAGAAUGCCUCAAGCUGUUCGACCAGAUGAAGGAGCUGGGCUUGCUGCCCAAUGGUGUGACUUUCAUCUCUGUCCUUCGAGGAUGUAGUGUGGCCGGGUUGGUCGAGGAGGGUCGGCAGCACUUCGACUCGAUGCAUGAAAAGUAUGGAAUAAAUCCAUGGCGCGAGCACUAUGGUUGCAUGGUGGACUUGUAUGGGAGAGCUGGCCUGUUGGAUGAUGCUGUUGAUUUCAUCAACAAUAUGCCCAUUGAACCACAUGCUGGUGCUUGGGGAGCUCUGCUCAAUGCCUGCAGGAUACAUAGGAACAUUGAAUUGGGCGAGUAUGCUAUGAAAAAGCUAGUGGAGGUGGAGUCGAGAAACGAUUCGGCAUAUGUCCUCAUGUCGAACAUGUAUGCUGAGUCAAGGAACUGGGAAGGAGUUAACGAUGUGAGGGAGUCUAUGAAAGGCAAAGGGGUAAGGAAAGAGCCAGGCUGCAGUGUGAUGGAGGUUGGCGGUGAGGUCCAUGAGUUCUUUGUAGGGGGCAAGUCGCAUCCCAGAUACAAGGAAAUUGUGUUGAUGCUGCAAGAGAUAUCAAGGAAGUUGAGAUUGGCUGGGUAUACAGCUAAGACAAACGAGGUGAUGUUCAAUAUUGAAGAAGAGGAGAAAGAGGAUGCUCUGCGCUUGCACAGUGAGAAAUUGGCCAUUGCAUUUGGGCUGAUUGCGCUGGAUGAAGGCACCUGCAUCAGGAUUGUGAAAAACUUAAGAGUGUGCUGGGAUUGCCAUGAUACAAGCAAGUUGAUAUCGAGGGUGUUCCAGAGGGAGAUCAUCCUGAGAGACAGGAACCGAUUUCACCACUUCAAAGAUGGCACUUGUUCCUGCAAGGACUUCUGGUGAUGCAGGAUUAUCAUAUUGGAAAUGUAUGAUCAGUCCAGCUUUAUCAGAAGGGACUCUAUUUGACUGUCUUUGCAUACUUGAAGCUGAUAGUUGGUUGCCGCUUGUUCUUAGUCUCAAAAUCUCGACGAGGACAUGGAGAACAUGGGCGUUCAUGGCCUUCUGGCACAAUUUGUAGCGUCGAAGCAAUGAAUUUGCUGUUGCUGCCAACGAUAGAAAGAUGCUGCUGAAGCUUUAAAUUCAAAGGAAAAUGAGGCUCCUUUGCCUGCGAUGGUGUACUUUAAGAAGAUGUUUUGCUGAGUCACAAACCUACCUGCCAAUUGAUCCAAUCUAGGAGAAUUGAAUGAUGGAAUAAAUAUCUUUCGUCAAUUGAAAUGGUUUGAAGUUAUAUCUCUGGUGCAUUAGUGUCUUUGAUGCAACAUUGCUGAUGUGGCUAUAAAUCGUUAAUGCAGGAUUAGAGAUCUCAUCCUAUUCCCUAAUCUAGAUGUACCAUUCUAAGAUCCCAUGACAUUCAGCAACAGGAU